AUGGUGUCUUUUUGGGCUCAUAAAAAAGGCAACUCCGACAACCCAGAAGACUCCACGCGCCGUCCCGAUGACGAGCCCAGGAACCCUGCCGAUCAGGCAUACGAGGAACCCACGGAGCACACCAGGCUUCUACCUCAACACAAUGAUCAUGGAUAUUUAAGCCCAGAUGAUCCAGCUGUCUCUCCGUACAAUCUAUGGAGCGUGCGGGCACUCCGCGCUCUGUCUCUCUUUGCCCUGGCGGCCACCUUCGUAUGGUGGACGUUCCUGCUGGUCUCAAUCUUCGUCAGCCCACCCUUGAUGCAUCCUCGGGGCUCGGGCUUCUUUGCUUUCUCAUAUACCACCUUGGCCACGGGGUCCCUGGUGCUCGGACUGCUGUUUUUCACUGUGCCAUCGAAGCCGAUGAAUGUUCUGGGAUUCAUUCUUGCACUUCUACUUCUGGUUGAUAUGUGCAUCGUUGUGGCUGUGCCGGAAAUUCGCAUCGAGGAGAGCUGGGUUGGCAUUGCUUCGGUUGUCUGGGUCGUGGUCGUUUCCCUGUACCAAAUGCUUCAGAACCGAGCAGUCACGCGAGGAAAGCGUGAAGAGGAAGAGAGGCUGACAGGCCGUGAAGAGACACGUCGCUCGUUGCGGGAAUGGCUCGCAGUACUCAUCGAGGUCUUUGUCCUGGCCGUCAUGGCCGUCGUUGCUCUCCUUUUCACUGCGACCCUAAUCCUCCGCGCUCGUGAUGCGUCACUCAAGCCGCCUGGGCAGCGUUAUGAAGUCCAUGGAAAGACAUAUUCCGUUCACCUAGCAUGCGUUGGCAACCAUUCUUCAGAUAUCUCAAACAUGCCCACGAUUCUGGUUGAAGGCGAUUACGGCCCCGUUGAACAUUCUUUGCAGCCAUUUAUUGACGAUGCAUACCGUGCGGGUAUCAUCAGCCGAUAUUGUUACUGGGAUCGACCGGGGUUCGGGUGGUCUGACAAUGCCCCCUCGCCGCAUUCUGUGGGAAUGGCAACAGACGUAUUAUCGGAGGCCCUGGCUUUAGCCGGGGAGACCGGACCUUGGGUGGUUGUCUCUGCAGGCGUUGGUAGUCUCUAUUCACGGCUGUUUGCCAGUCGACAUCUUCUUGAAGUGAGCGGCAUCUUCCUUAUUGACCCACUCCAUGAGGCCUAUCUGGAUGAUAUUGGUCGACCAGGCCGGGGCUUCAAACUGUGGCUCCGUGGUAUCGUUUCGCCGUUAGGACUGGACCGCCUUGCUGGGGCUCUUUUCCGGGGACGGACUCGAGAGGACCGAGUCAUUGGGCGCUCGGCUUAUCAGACUGGCAAGUUCAUCAAAGCUAAAUUGCAGGAAAGUCUGGUGGCAGUCACAAUGACGGCCGCAGAAGUCCAAUCUGCUCGCCACAUCCAGAUGGGCCAAACACCCCUCGUCGUGGUCAGUUCUGGUCGUGAAAUGCAGCGAGACAAGAACUGGGCGAAGCGACAGGAGGACCUGUCCCAUAUUACCAAUAAUCUGCUUGCAUGGGAUGUUGUGCACGGCGCUCCCCAUGAAGUGUGGACUGACGGAGAGGGACGGCAAGUGUUGGAAAGUCGGUUGAGAGAUAUUGUGAAGGAAAGCCAGGUCGCUCGAUAG